CAUCAAGACACUCUUCUCAACAAAAAAGUUCGAUUCAAUACUACUACAAUGAGACUCGUUACUUCCACUGCCUUGCUUCUUACGCAUUUCAAUAUCUUGUCUUUCGCACAGCAAAUCCCAGGCGCUCUGUUUUCGUUUGACCUUCUCGGAUUGAGCGAUAACUGCCUUGCGGCUGUGAACAAAACGAUCUUAACCUGCCCUAGCUGGCUUCCAUUGCAUGCAGGCAUAGGAGAUGCAAGCUUUGAGAUUCUAAGUGCACAACGACUGGAACAGCUUUGCGAGACAAACUGUAGUCGAGACCUUAGUACUUCUAGGAAAGCCAUCCAAGCGGCAUGUACAUCUUCUAAGGAUGUCAUGGUUCCUGGAGGAAUCGUCGCGUACCCAGCAACAUUUCUUGCGGAUAGAUACCUCUAUGCAAUCCAAUUGAGCUUUGGAAACAACAGGUCAACAGGCGAAUACUGCGACUCGAUUGUCCCUUCAUGGUCGGACCAGAGCAGUACCGAAAAUCAGACGAUGGCUCAGAACUGCUCGGAUUGCGAGCUUGGAAUUCAAAAGCUCCAGCUUUCUUCGCCAUUUGGCUAUGAUGACGAUGGAGCUGAAACCUUUUCCUCGCUCACAUCCAGUUGCAAUGCAGGAGGCUAUACUUACGCAACGCCUGCUACAUACGCCAUCAAUGCAACGGCAGUGCCAACACCGCCCCCUCGAUCUUGCAACAGUACUUAUACUGUACAGGAGGAAGACACUUGCGUCUCCAUAUCUGUGAGCCAAAAUGUGUCAACAUAUGGAAUAAUAUCGGCCAAUGGCUUUGAUAUCAGCUGCAAUCUUCUGCCGCCUCCAGGCUCAACGAUAUGUCUUCCGAAAACGUGUGAUACAAUCCAAUUGGGCAUCUUCGACAGGUGCGACGAUAUAACAAGCAAACUCAACAUCACCCGCCAACAGCUCCUAUCCUGGAAUCCUAACAUCAAUCAGUUCUGCAGUAAUCUCUACACCUGCUCCCCUGAAGGGAAUGUUAGUCCAGGUCAGGGCAACACGGUUGCCACAUCAGCUCCUGUGCCGGAGAAUGCCCAACCUAAAUCUAACACUAGGUGUGGAAAAUGGUACCCAGCCAAGAAAGACGAUGAGUGCGGCACAAUCUCGCUAGCAUUCAGCAUCUCGCUGGAUGACUUUUAUUUCCUCAACCCACAGGUCGAUAUGGAGUGCUCAAACUUAUGGCAAAAUACGUCGUAUUGUGUCAGGCCUGUUGGUAAUGUGGCAACGUACUCUGGGUACCCCACUAGAGCGCCAGGCACCGUGUUCCCAAAGCCAACGCCAACCCCAGCAUCCGCUGCUCCGCCAAUUGUGCUUCCACCGUUAUCAGCAAAGGCGGAUACAAUAGAAGGUUGUGAGAAAUACAUGAAUGCAUUUUCAAAAUCGAUUUACAAGUUUUUUGGGGAUGUAGAGAUCAAUGCGUGUGAUAUAUGGGCUAUCCAAGCGGGCGUUACUGUUGAAGAUCUGGUAGCAUGGAAUCCGAGUCUCUCGGCGGAAAACUGUGUACUACAGUCAGACAAAAGCUACUGUAUCUUGAAGUGUAAGUUGAAAUUUUACCAUUGCAAAAGCCGAUCUACGUAUAUGUUGCUAACUCUAUACUAUCUUAACAGCCGAUACUAUCACUUGAUCUUCCCCCAGUGCUCCAAACCCAACAGGUACAUGUUCGACGCUGAUAAGCCCUACAUCACCAACUAGUACUGGAAAUGCUGCAUAGCUGCCUGCUCCAAUCCAAGAAAAUCCAAACUCUUCGUG